AUGCAACUCUUGUCCAUCCUCGCCUUGGCGUCUGCUGCCAUCGCUGCUCCAGCUGGUGUCGCCGUACCGGCACCCAUCGUCACGACAGAAGACGUCACUGCGAACCCAGAGUUCGCCGCUCGCCAGAUUCUCCCCACAAGCGAGAACGGACUUACGCGCGGGUUGUCGAGGUGCGGCGAUGUCGUGCUCAUCUUUGCUCGUGGCUCCACAGAGGUCGGGAACAUGGGCACGAUCAUCGGCCCUGACCUGGUCCGCGAGCUUGAGCGUCGUCUGGACGGCCGCGACUUGACCGUCCAGGGUGUCAACUACGAUGCUGCUUUGGCUCCCAACUACCUUCCUGGCGGGACUGAUCGGGAGUCGGAGGACGAAAUGAAGUCGAUGCUUCGUUUGGCCCACACAAAGUGCCCCGACGCUGACAUUGUUGUGUCUGGCUACAGUCAAGGAGCAGCCGUCGUCCACCGCGGCGUGGAGGAUAUCGAAGAGGAGAUCAAGGACAAGAUCAAGGGCGCCGUCUGCUUUGGCGACACCCAAUUCCGCAGGGAUGACGGUCAGAUCCCCAACUUUCCUCGCGACAGGUACAAGGUCUUCUGCGGCGGCCUUGUCCGCGACACGGUUUGCGAUGGCAACUUGGCUGGCGCUGUUUUGGCUCCUCACCUUGGCUACGGUUCCGAUGCGCCCGAGGCUGCCGACUUUCUGGCCUCUAAGCUCUGA